AUGUUUGACAAACUCAAGCUUAAGCACAAAGGCUCCGACGUGAGCUACUGCGACCCAAUUGCCCCUCCCGGCACCCACCCUCUGAAGCGCGAUAUCUUUCGCAACCGCCAGAACUACGGCGUCAAUAUCGGCCUGUGCUUUGUCCAAGAACGAUGGAUCUGUGGCCUGCUCUUUGGUGACGGCUGCGAGACCGAAUUGCAAAUGGCCAACAACUUGAUUAAGCAGCACGGAGCUCAAGGCGCUCGUGAACGCCUCGAAGGCUUCUGGCAGCUGUUCAUGAACGACGAUGACUGGCGCUGGCUUAAAGAACAAGGGGUCACCGCCGUGCGUAUCCCUAUCGGUUACUGGGAAGUGGCCGAGGGUCAAUUCGCCAAGGGCACUCGUUUUGCGCCAGCAUUGCCCGCCUACGUCAAUGCGUGGCUGAUCUUCAAGCUGCACUUUGUCGAGCCGGCUUUGAAACACGACAUCGGCGUAUUGGUCGACAUGCACGGGCUCCCCGGCGGUGCCAACAGUCUGGACCACUCGGGUGAAUCGUGUGACCAGGGGGCUAAGUUCUGGGACGACGCCGAUGCCCAAUUGUCCAUGGUUAAGGCGUUCCAAUGGAUCGUCACCGACUUGGACAAGUUUGACAACAUUGCCGGGAUCCAAUUGUGUAACGAGGCCGAAUACUGUGAACUGCUGAAGAAACAGGGUACCUUCUACGGUGCAGCGAUUAACGCCAUUCGCGAGGCUGACGCCACUAUCCCCAUUAUCAUUUCUGACUCCUGGAAUCCUCGACUCUGGACUAACUGGGUCCAAGACAAACAGCUGGGGCUCAAUACCAUUGGGGUUGUUGUCGACGACCACGUGUACCGAUGCUUCUCUGGUGAAGACCACAACUCGCUGCCCCAGGAUAUCAUCGCCCGUUUGAACCACACCGUGCUCACGCCCUUGAAUGAUAAUGGUAAGGGUGUCGACUUUAUGAUCGGUGAGUACUCGUGUGUUUUGGAUGGUCAGCUGUGGCUGAAAGGUGAUGCUCAAGAGCACCGUGAUGAACUUGUGAAGCAAUACGGACGCACGCAAGUUGAAAUCUUCAGCCAGCGGGCUAAGUGGGGUUUUUUCUUCUGGACCUACAAGUUUGAAAGCGGGAGCGGUGGCGAGUGGGAUUUCCGGGCGAUGACGGAAGCAGGGGCUAUUUACAACCCGUUCAACAUCGCCGGUAAGUCUCUUCCGGAUGAAAAUAUUUUCAACCAGGCGCUUGACGAAAAUUUCAAGAGCCAUUGCGCCUAUUGGGAUAAGCAAGCUCCCAAGGAGAAGUUCGAUCACGACCUUUAUGCCAAGGGGUUCACCGUGGCUUGGUACGAUGCCUUGGAGUUCGCCAAGUUUGACGGCUCGGUACUCGGUCGUGUGCAAGCGUGGAAGCUGCUGAGAUUGCAGGAACACAUCCACAACCACGAACAAGCCAAGUUUGAGUGGAUUUACGCUCAAGGAUACGAAAAAGGCUUGGAGACAUUCUACCACUUGGUCCGCAAUUAG